AAAGCGAGAACCAUGCGCGCGAAGAGUGUUGUACUUUGGAAGAACGACUCCGACCAUGCUGCUCCCACCGAAAUAUCUGUGAUGGGUUCGUUCCGGCUAAACUUGUCGGAAGGCGGAGAGAACAAACCCGAAGGUGUUCGGUAAUCGCCGAUAGCAGCUCGAAUCGCCGGUUCUUCAGGUUCUCUUCAAAGCGAGCACGGCGAUGCUACGCUCUCGGUUCCCGUGAACCAUCAUCGACGGGGCGUGUUCCUCGGUACGAGUCUCGCCCUUCCGUGGCCGACAUAGCGAGUUCAGACUGUUCUUCGUCGAUAAGCGGCGAAUCGUCCGUAUCGCUCGACGUUCCGAGCGACGCGAGCGAGAUGCUGGACGAGGAGGAAGAGGCGGCCCACUUUUGGCAGGCGUUCGAGCUCUUCGACCAGGACUGCGAUGGCCUCAUCACCGCCCAAGAGAUGGGCGCUGUCAUGCGUACGCUGGGCUACGAAGCGACCGACGUGGAAGCGCAACGCAUGGUCUGCGAGGCAAACGCGUCCGGAAAGGACGGCGUCAACUUCGCCGAGUUCCUGGCCGUGCUGGCCCAACAACCCGAGUGCCCGAGUGAAGAUGGCCAGGAAGAGUUCCAGGUGCUUUUCAAGGUUUUCGACAAGUACGACCGCGGCUACAUCACAUCCACCGACCUUCGAUACGUGAUGUCCUCCUUGAACGAAACUGUCACCGACAGAGAAGUGGAAGCCAUGAUGCUCGCUGCAGACAAGGAUGGCGAUGGAUUGAUCAGCUACGAUGAGUUCGUCGCCAUCUUCUCGCACCCGGAUCAAGUCACCGAGGAACCUGCGUGAUCGAGCGGAGACAUUUCUUCGGCGCUGUUCAUCAACAGCGCAUCACAUAUAUGCCUACUUUGAUCGUAAUGGUGCGUUUAGGUGUAAAAACUGCAAGGCAAUGCACAGCUCGGCUAUAUAACCCAGCAAAUGGCGCAACGAGCGGCCAUACUUAUCUACAACGUUCACUGUAACAUGACAUGUUCUACGGCUGUUUAUUGUGGAUGAUGCGCUUCCUAUGUAUCGCUUCCUAUGCGGUUACUGAACAUAAGUUGCCUGAGGUGUGGACUCACCUUCUCCUGAACUGUGAAAGCCAAUACUGCGCAGAUUAUGUUUAUACCACCUCCUUUCAUUUUAUCUGACAGAUAGUUCAGUGAUCAUUUGCGGGUCAACGUUGUGUUUUCAUAUUCUUUCCUAUUAUCAAUGCUUGUCUU